AUGUCAAGCAGAGAAAUCGAAAUUCUCAUCGACCCGGCAGAUGUGUGUCCUUAUAAAGAUGGUGCGCCAGAAGCAUUGCCCGAAGGAAAUGAAUAUUUCUACGGAUGCGAUUCUUGCUGUACAGAAGAAAUGUACAGUCAGGUAGAAGAUACGGCCUCAAUCGAUGUCUGGGCAUUUUCAGGGUGCUCGAACGAGACUGAAAUUGUCAACCAUGAAGAAUGCAUAAAUCUCUCCAAACAAAUCCACCUCGACCUGACAUGCUCGCCCAAUAAUUUCCUCUGGCUGAAUCCAACAAAAAACGCGCUAAAAGAUUAUCCCCUCUGCGCUGAUUUCUGCUCCGGCUGGUUCGAUGCUUGCAAAAACGUCCCUACUUGCACCUUUAAAGAUCACAAAUACUGGCCGAGUCCGAAUUUCUCCCAGAAAUGCGAACCUGAUGGCGAAGACAUUGACCCAAAUUUUUGCCGGGAUUUUGGAACGCAGUUUCCGGGAGCGAGGACAUUCUGCAUGAAUUUCUUUUCUGAAAUGGGCGAAGAAGUCAUUAUUCAAGCACCAGCGAGUGGGUUUUGCGUCGAUCCAUUACAACCAGAAAAAACACUCGAACACAUCCUGGCUGAAAAUGAGAUCAAGCUGCAAAAUAAUCAGAGCUACCCCGUUUUCGACUGCCAACCCGGAGAAACUGAGAUAACUUGGUGGAUGUGGCUCUUGAUAAUUCUCUUCGGCGUCGGGGUCAUUGGCGGUGUUGGAUAUUUCUUUUACUGGUUUUUCGUUUUGAGGAAGAAGAAGGAAUCUGACGAAAAUAAUCGAAUCGAUAUGUACGCAGAUGCAGAUGCGAAGGAGGAAAAUAUGGAAAUGGGUGAGCGCCAAGCUGAGCAGGAAAAUCAAGCUUAUGUCCAGGACGAAAAUGGGGAAGGAGACUCUAUUGCAAACGACCUUCAAAGCCAAGCCCCAAGCGUCCAGUCCUCUCAAAACCCGACGAUUCCUCCCGCCAUGACUCCAAUCAAUCAACUACCUCAACAGCCAAUGAUGCAGCAAGCUCCUCCCUAUUCCACGAUGCAGAGCAUUCAACCGAUUCCAAUGAGCACUCAGCAGAUGAUGUAUGGAAAUCCAUACGCAAGCAUGCCGUAUAAUCCGCAAAUGCAGAUGAAUCCGCAAAUGCACUCGCAGAUGAAUCCUCAAAUGAUGAAUCAACAAAUUCAAUUGAUCCCGAGCUCCCCACCAUCCACCGAUACGAAAACCGCUGCCGCUCAACCUCAAAUACCCCUGCCCGAGAAGCAACCUGAGUCUGAGCCGAAAGAGUCGGAACCGGCGAAUUCUGAAAAACCCGAAGAGCAUGAUUUUGACAUGACUUUGCCGAAAAUUCGAGUUCCGAUGGAUUCUGACUCGAGUUCUUCGUCGGAUGAUUCCGAGGGGCAGAGAGACUUCGAGGCGCAAAUUUUGGGAACAAAAAUUGAAGAGAAAAAAGAAAAAGAACAAGAAAAUUUCGAGAGAAAAGAAAGCGUGAAAGAAUUUGAAGAAAACGAAGCUCCAGAUUUAAACGAAAUUCCAACUGAAAAAGAAUCAGCAGAAAAAUCAGAAGAAUCCGGAGAAAAAAAGGAAGAGCAAGAAAAUGAGUCACCACCUCCGCCGAAGCCUAGAAGGUUGAGUUUGGCACCGAGCCCGAUUCAGUUACGCGCGCAGAAGACUCUUUCUGUCGACAGUCAGGGCUCGAUCCUGACGCAGGAUAGCCAGUCGAAAGAAGAAUUUGCUCUCGACGAAAACUCAGCUGACGAAAUCGACGAAAUCAAGGAAGACAAUGCUGAAACCCCCGAAAUAGAAACAAAAGACGUUGAGAAAUCCGAAGAACCCACAGAGAAAUCAAAACCUAUCGCCAAAAAAGAUGCGGGAAUGGCCUACCGAGAGGUCAAAAAAUACUACGGCCUCGUCAAUACAAGAAUCAAAAACGAGUUGAAAUUGCAAAAAGGCGACAAAGUGCAAAUUUUAUAUUUUUCCGCCGAAGCUGACGUUCUCGAAAUUCGAAUUCCAAGGACAGACGAAAGCGGCAAUUUUCCUAAGAAAUAUUUGAAUAUCGAGGAAAAAAUGGUCAGAUACGAUGCUGGCUCGUUUUAUUCCGUUGCUUUUUCGUAUGAGCCGAAUACCGACAAAUUGCUUAAGUUAGUCAGAGACGAAGAAAUUCAAAUAAUCCACAUUCCAGAAGAAGGAAAAUAUGUUACUGGCCAAAACAAAGCUGGAAAAGAAGGCCAACUUCUUCUGGAAGAGCUCGAAGAUAGCCUUCUCAAAGCAGGUCGAGUUCCAGAAGGCGCAAAAGAACCGAUAAAAACGAAAGAAGAGGAAAAGUCCCCGCCGAAAAAUGAAAAACCGAAAAAGAGUCGGAAAUGUGUCUUACUGUAA